ACCUGACUCUCUACUUCAGGUACAAGAAAGGCCAGAAAGUGACUGGAGAUGAGCACUUAAAGCUCUCACACAAGGAUUCAGAGUAUGCUUUGUUCAUUCAGAAGGUGUGUGACACCGAUGCGGGCCUCUAUGUGGUUCGGGCUAACAAUUCUAAUGGCACGGUCUCCUCCAGUGCCAUCCUCCGUGUGAAAGUACAAGGAAAACACCCAAACUUCAUUAAAAAAUUUGAACAUACAACUCUGCAAGAGGGAGAUGAUUUAAACCUACGCUGCACAGUAUAUGGAAUGCCAAGGCCAAAUGUCAUUUGGACAAAGGAUGGCGUCAGAGUGGUAGCAAGAGAAAUUAGUAUUGAGAAAUUAGGGGACACCUACUACCUUUUAAAAAGAAACGCGUCCCUUGCUGACUCCGGAAAAUAUAUUUGCAUUGCCACUAAUGAAGUCGGGGAGGCAUUCUGCUCCGCUUUCAUAAGAGUAAUAGAGAAGAAUACAAAUGUACAGAUCCCCGGCAGAACUGAGACUAAAUCAAAGAAAGAACGGGGCUAUUUGUCAGAAAAAAUGAAGCCAACUGCAAUACCUGAAGCAUUACAAGGUCAGGAUUCACACUGCUUGAGAGGUCAAAGGCAAAUGGCUAAAAACUGGUCCACAAGGACGCCAACCACUUAG